CCGGCUCUUCUUUGAAUUUUACCACCUGCUGAAUUACUCACGCCCCAAGGAGGGUGAUGACCGGCCGUUCUUCUGGAUGUUUGAGAAUGUUGUAGCCAUGAAGGUUGGCGACAAGAGGGACAUCUCGCGGUUCCUGGAGUGUAAUCCAGUGAUGAUUGAUGCCAUCAAAGUUUCUGCUGCUCACAGGGCCCGAUAUUUUUGGGGCAACCUUCCUGGGAUGAACAGGCCCGUGAUAGCAUCAAAGAAUGAUAAACUCGAGCUGCAGGACUGCUUGGAAUACAAUAGGAUAGCCAAGUUAAAGAAAGUACAGACAAUAACCACCAAGUCGAACUCAAUCAAACAGGGGAAAAACCAACUUUUCCCUGUUGUCAUGAAUGGCAAAGAAGAUGUUUUGUGGUGCACUGAGCUCGAAAGGAUCUUUGGCUUUCCUGUGCACUACACAGAUGUUUCCAACAUGGGCCGUGGCGCCCGCCAGAAGCUGCUGGGAAGGUCCUGGAGUGUGCCUGUCAUCCGACACCUCUUCGCCCCUCUGAAGGACUACUUUGCAUGCGAAUAGUUCCAGCCAGGCCCCAAAGCCACUGGGUGUGUGGCAGAGCCAGGACCGAGGAGGUUGAUUCCUGAAGGCAUCCCCAGGCCCUGCUCUUCCUCAGCUCUGUGGGCCAUACCAUGUACCUCAGUUCCCUCCUCCUCAGUGGGGGCAGAGCCACCUGACUCUCUUACAGGGGGAGCCCAAGGUGCCGCCUCCUGGUGCACAAUUCAGACCUGGCUGCUUGGAGCAGCCAAACACGGUGCUCAUUUUUUCCUUCUCUUAAAACUUUAAAACUUGAAGUAGGUAGCAGCGUGGCUUUUUCUUUCCUUCCUGGGUCUACCACUCAGAGAAACAAUGGCUGAGAUACCAAAACCACAGUGCCGACAGCUCUCCAGUACUCAGGUUAAUGCUGAAAAAUCACCGAAGACAGUUAUUGCAAGACUUUAAUUUCUGAAAACUGGCUGCUACUCCGUUGCCAGAUGUGUGCAGUUGUAGGCAUGUAACUACAGGACAUUUUUAAGGGUCCAGGAUGGUUUUUUUCAGGGCAAGCAGAAGAGGAAAUGUUGUAUAUGUCUUUUACCUGGCACGUUCCCCUUGCCUAAAUACAAGGUGUGGAGUCUGCACGGGACCCAUUAGAAUAUUUCCCAUAAUGAUGAUGAUUUCAGCAGGGAUGACAUCAUCAUCACAUUCAGGGCUAUUUUUUCCCCCACAAACCCAAGGGCAGGGGCCACUGGCCGCUCUUAGCUGAAUCCCUCCCAGUGACUGCAAUAGAACCGUCUGGGGACCUCAGGAAGAGGUGUGCUGAGUUCUAUAAUAUAAGCUGCCACAUAUUAUGUAGACAACUACGGCUCCUCCACACCUCCCUCUUCCCUAGGAGAGGAGUGUGAAGGAAGGAGCUUAGAUAAGACAAGACACUCCCUCAAACCCAUCCCCUCUCCAAGAGACCUACCCUCCACUGGCACAGGUCCCCAGAUUAGAAGUCUGCUACCUUCAUUCCUCAUCUUUUUACUAAACUCAGAUGCAGUGACAGCAGUCAGGGACAGAAGCACACUUCUCACACCUUUCCCUCAUCUAAGAGAUGACAGGGAAAACGGCAAUAAAAGCUCGGUUCUCCCUCUGGAGAUUUUUAAUUUUUUUUUUAUUCCACGAUAAGUCGUUUUUAGGGGGAAUGGGAGUUCAGACAAGCUGCAUUUCAGAAAUGCUGUCGUAAUGGUUUUUAACACCUUUUACUCUUCUUACUGGUGCUAUUUUGUAGGAUAAGGAACAACGUUGACAAGUUUUGUGGGGCUUUUAUACACUUUUUUUAAAAUCUCAAACUUCUAUUUUUAUGUUUAACGUUUUCAUUAAAAUUUUUUUGUAACUGGAGACACAACGUAACAAAUAUGGGGAAAAAACUGUGCCUUGUUUCAACAGUUUUUGCUAAUUUUUAGGCUGGAAGAUGACGGAUACCGAGUUUACCUUAUGUUUAAUUAAAAUCAGUAUUUCUCUA